ACUGAUUGGAUGGCCUUGAUCAAGGUUGGGAUACGAUCACGAAGACAAAGAUUUAUCCUGGGCGUAGCUCUCGGUGCCUGCGAGGAUAUCUCCGAAGAGACGCGAGGGAGCUCUCGUUCCUUUCCUUUCGGAAGCGAAGAAGAAAGAAACCGCAACCUUGAUCUCGAAUUCACCCCUACCGCACUAAAACUCGAUACCGAGGAUGACAUAACUAUUGGCAGCAUUUUAGCGGAAGCAAAUCAGAAAAAUGAAAGAAAUCUUGGAAAGCGCCUAUCUCAUUUGGACUCCAUUCCGCACACACCUCGAGUUAAUGGUGAAAUUCCUGAUGUUGAUAAUGCAACCUUAGAUCAUGAACGGCUACUAGAAAGACUGACUACAUAUGGUUUAGCUGAAUUGCAAGUUGAAGGAGAUGGCAAUUGCCAGUUUCGAGCUUUAGCUGAUCAGCUUUUUCGCAAUCCUGACUAUCACAAACAUGUCAGACAGGCAGUUGUAAAGCAGCUUAAACAUUAUAGGAAAAAUUAUGAAGGCUAUGUCCCAAUGAACUAUAGAACAUACUUGAGGAAUAUGAAAAGAUCUGGGGAAUGGGGAGAUCACCUGACUUUACAGGCAGCUGCAGACCGGUUUUGUGCCAAAAUUUGUCUGGUUACAUCAUUUAGAGAUACUUGCCUCAUUGAAAUCGUUCCCAAAGACCAAAAUCCUACAAGAGAGUACUGCAAAGAAGAAAAGCUUCAGCUUACUAGGGGUGCAAGAAAUUCUACAAUUCUUAUAUCUCGGUUUUGGUCAAACUAGUUUGGUUCUAUGGAAGUAAUUUUCAAUCUUAAUUUAUGUUUUGUAAAUCAUUAGGAGAAAAUAUUUUUGUCAGUGUAUUAAGAAAGAUCAAAGUUGCAUAUUAGCUUAUCUGUAUUACCUCCUGUUAUGUCUUAGUACUUUGUAAAUAUAAUAUUUAUGGUAUUAGAUUUUUCAGUGACAUUACAAAUUUGUUAUAUGCACAUGUUAGGAAUGUAAGUUUGAGCACUGGAAAUAUUGCAACACUGCAAUCACUAAAAGGGAGUGGGGUUGUGGGGUUUGUGGAGUUGAUAUAAUUCGAGUAGAUAUAACUGCAAUAGAUGAUAGCCAGCCAUAGCAUGUUUAUAUAUAUAUAUAGAUAUGUAUGUAUGUAUACACACACACACACACACAUGCACGCACACACACAUACAUACCAUACUAUACAACUGUGAAAUACAAUGCACAACAUCUUCAAGAUGCCUUUUUUCAAACUCAUGACUGCUCAGAUCAGACGGGGUACAUUUAUUUCUAGCAUAAAGCAUGUCAGUACAUUUACAAUGCUACGGUACUAUACAACUGUGAAAUACAAUGUACAACAUCUUCAACUUGCCUUUUUUCAAACUCAUGACUGUUCAGAUCAGAUGGGGUACAUUUAUUUCUAGCAUAAAGCAAAACUGGAUGGUCAUACGAGUCCUGAUCUGUCAUAUGGUUGUUAACAGAACCUCCAAGCUAUUCAAUUAGACUUGCAAGCAUUCAUAUCAAUGAGCACAGAUAAUGCAGAUGCCCAUAGAAGCUUCUAUAAGAAUAAAGGAGGAAGAAUUAAAGGAGAGAUUUUUGGAGGAGAAAUUGCAUGAAAUUGCUAAGAUAAAUUAAUUAUCUUAAUAAUCAAAUAACAAAAGCUAUGCUACAACCUUAUGCAAGCUGUCUAAAUACACUCUCGGUAAUAUGAACCCUAGACAGCUUUUCAACUAGACUCUUCCAUCUAACUGAAGGACCGCUAAUAUGACUAAAUUCUACGAAUCAAAAGAAAUUUGUCACUUAAUUACCACUUAAUCUUUUGGAGUUUGGUCACUUCUGAUCCAGAAAAUCUUAUAAUUUGGCUUGGGAACCAUGAACUAUCAUUUGUAAAUCUCAAAGAGACCAUUCCAGUGAGUCCUAGAUCGCUGAAACCCAAUAUAUGUGCAAAAAGUUAUUCCUUCCAGAAGCUGCUGGUUUCAUGUGGACACUGUAGGCUUCUUCUUUUCAAUCUAAUAGAUCUCCAGAUCUGUCCUACAUCACAUAUGCAAGGCUUUACAUGUUUAUUCCAUAAAUUUUCUUUGGUGAAUGGACUGUAUAUUUUUUGGUGGACUGACCUAUAAUGCACAUUUGUCUAUUCCCUCUAAAUUAUAACUUUUUGUGGUGAAAAGACAGCAAAUCUUAUUUUAUUCUUAGAUGAUUCUAGCUUUCAUGCUAUAUGAUGCUUAUUUUUGGUUGC